AUGAAGAUCACGCUGGUGACCAUCAGUAUGGCCGUGUUCCUGACUGGCAUCCAUGCAGAUGUUCAGCCCCAGAAAAACUUCGACCUAAAAAAGUUUGCAGGGAAGUGGUACCGUGUCGGCCUUGCUUAUGACUCACCCAGCUUUGCCCGGUACAGAAAAAAGCUGACGGUGUGCAUGGGACUGGUGGAACCUACAGAGACCGGUGAUGUCAUCAUGACAGUGUGGAAGACAAAGUCCUCAACGUGCCAGAAGGAAGUCUUCAGAUAUGAGAAGACCACUUCACCUGGCAUGUUCACCUACUUCAGCACACGUCACAACAAGGUUAAGGACAUCACAGUGGUGGAGACGAACUACACAGAGUACGCUCUGAUUUUUAAAUACAAGAAGUUUAACAAGGAAUAUUCACAAGUAUCUCUUUAUGGUCGGACUCAGAAGCUGAGGCCAGAACUGCUUGAAAAGUUUAAAAGAUACGCCAGACAACAAGGCUUCUCCGAGGAAUCCAUUAUAACUCCAGCACUGGCAGAUAGCUGCCCUACCGGUGGCCAUUAGGUGAAGAGAAGCUAUUCAUACACACAGAGGCACAGUAAAGGCUAAAAUCUUCAU